CAACAACUAGGUGAAGGCUCAGAAUCGUAUUAAAAUGAAUAUUAAACAUAAGAAAGUCCACGAAAAUGUUGACUCAACCUCUAACUGAUCAAAUCCAACAAAACAAUCGACCUUGUAAUGUUUAUUGUAACAGACACUCUGCUUCGGAUAUAAUAUUGAUCGUAAGUGUGCCCGUUUACAGAGGAAGUGGGUGGCCUGGGGGUGUUUAGUUGCGUGGGAGGCAGAGCGCAUGCCUCGCUUGAACUGUAUAAGUAUGCGCGCCAAGCCUGAGCAGAUCAAGGCAGUGCGCGCGGUUUGACGGUGGCAGCUAUGGCUUUAUUCACACGCACAGCUGGCUCGAGCUCAUACACGCGCUAACACGCGCGUGCAGCGGUAGAGUUGGUGGUUGUGUAGACUGGACUUGUGAGUGCCUUCGCAAGGUGCCUGAACGGUGACUGAAUGCGACCUCCUGUGACUGGUCUGUGACUUAAGUGUGAGUUGCUGUUCAAGAAGCCCCCAUUCACCGAGUCAUCUUUUUUCCCCCCACCUGUCAGUUAUUUGACUGCUUGGCGGGUUCCGGGAGUCAGGAUGAGCGGCGACUUGCACUCCGUGAGGGAAACCAUUUCGUGCCCAUCUCAUGAUCCCAACUGCACCCACAUCACGGAGACGGUGUCUGCGUGGAACAACUCCAGGGUCAGUGCGUAUCGGCUCGUAGACCUGAAUCCCGUGGCUACUUCUGUUGCCAUGGUUGAGGAGCCUCCUCAUCCCUUCGCUACAGUGGACGUGCCCGAUCAUGCCCACUACACCAUCGGAGCUUUCAUCUUCGUUGUUGGGAUCACAGGCCUUGUGGGGAACUCCCUGGUCAUUUAUGCAUUUAGCAGGAGCAAGACACUGAGGACACCAGCCAACAUGUUCAUCAUAAACCUGGCCAUCACAGACUUCCUCAUGUGUCUGACCCAGGCGCCCAUCUUCUUCACCACCAGCAUGCACAAGAGAUGGAUCUUUGGGGAGAAAGGUUGUGAGCUGUACGCGUUCUGUGGCGCUCUGUUUGGCAUCUGCUCCAUGAUCACGCUCACGGUCAUCGCGGUGGACCGGUACUUCGUGAUCACGCGGCCGCUGGCCUCCAUCGGGGUGGUGUCGUGCAAGCGGGCGCUGCUCAUCCUGGGGGGCGCCUGGGUGUACUCGCUGGGCUGGAGCCUGCCCCCCUUCUUCGGAUGGAGUGCGUACAUCCCUGAGGGCCUCUUGACCUCGUGCACCUGGGACUACAUGACCUUUACCCCCUCGGUGCGGGCGUACACCAUGCUGCUCUUCUGCUUCGUGUUCUUCAUCCCCCUCAUCGUCAUCAUCUACUGCUACUUCUUCAUCUUUCGAGCCAUCCGCAACACCAACAAUGCUGUAAGCAAGAUCAGUGGCAACAACACCAGGGACUCCAUAAAGAAAUUUCAUCGGCUGAAGAAUGAGUGGAAGAUGGCCAAGAUCGCCUUCAUUGCCAUCAUGCUGUUCGUCAUCUCCUGGUCGCCCUACUCCGCCGUUGCCCUCACGGCCUUCGCUGGGUAUUCUGAUAUGCUGACUCCAUACAUGAACUCAGUUCCUGCUGUGAUUGCCAAGGCGUCUGCCAUCCACAACCCCAUCAUCUAUGCUAUAACACACCCCAAGUACAGGUCUGCCCUGGCGAAGUACAUCCCGUGCCUGGGCUCCCUGCUGUGUGUGCCCCCCCGUGAGCUGCGCUCCACCCACAGCAGCUUCGCCUCCACCCGCCGCUCCACCGUCACCAGCCAGUCCUCCGACAUCGGCACACACUUCCGCCGCACCAGCUCCGUCAAGCCCCGCCUUUCCUCCGCCUCUGACAGCGAAUCGGGCUGGACAGACACAGAGGCUGACAUCUCCAGCUGUGGCUCGCGGCCCGUGAGCCGGCAGGUGUCGUGUGACAUCAGUAAGGACACAGCGGAGCUCCCUGACGUAAAGCCCUGCGGCUCCUCCAGCCUUAAGUCCAAGCUCAAGAACCACGACUCCGGCAUCUUUGAGAAGACCUCCUCUGAUAUUGAAGACAUCUCUGUGGCUGGAGCGGGUCACCCUGACCGGUCUUUGCCCCCGGGGGGUGGAGACUUUGCAGACGGGGUGGUUUCCAGAGGAGUGAUUGGCCGGAUCCCCAGCAUUGUAAUCACCUCCGAGUCCAGCCCUUUCCUGUCCUCCCUGAGGUUCAAUUGCCGUAGCAACGGAUCCCGGCUGACCAAUGGCAGCGUGGCAAAGGGGUCUGUCACUGCUGACAUGCCAGGAAGUGCCCCGAAGGGUUCCGCCCUUCCCUCCGCUUCUGACCCCGCCCCCCAGUGCUGAAUCAUUCGCUGGUCUGUUUUGUUUGUUUUUGUUUUGUUUCGGUUUGUUAUGUCUUCAUUUUUUGUUAUAUCUCAAGGAGCAUUUUGAAGUGUAGUUCUAAGAGGGUAUCCAAGGAGACUCUCGAUCCUACCGUCCCCUCUGAUAUUGCCCUCUCCUCUUUUUCUCAACCAUUGCACACAUUUAAAAAAAAAUUCUCCGUGUCUCUCUCUCUCUCUCUCUCAAAAUGAAUUUAUAAGCUCCCUUGACAUUUAUGGCUGCAACCUGCAACCUGCUGGCAAUGAGCUCCAGCAGAUACACACAUCACACACACACACACACACACACACACACACACACACACACUCCAGCAGAUACUGUACACACAUCUUGCAUCCAGUCAGGGGGCUAGAUGAUAUUUAAACUGCCUGCCGCCCACACCUUAGAGCUGUAGCCAAGAUGUCCGUGCAGAUGACCAUAGCAGGAAUGUGUUUUUGAAUGUCGGUCUGAUUUGCAUCAGUGAUGGCUGAUGUCAGACAGUUGUCCCGGAAUAAGUCAUUUAAAUAUGUACCGUAUGUAGCUUUCUUGGUCAAUAAUAUAUAAUUGCCUCUACAAACAGAAUGAUGCAACUCUGAAGAAACAGUGGACACUUUUCCCAGUGUUACUUUGCAUUCUAUGCAGGGCUUGAUUUACAUUUACAUUUAGUCAUUUAGCAGACGCUUUUGUCCAAAGCGACGUACAAGGGAGAGAACA